UGAUCGACUGAGUGAAGAGAGAUGGGUAGCGGAGACAAACAGCUGAUGAACUUUCAGAUGCAGUUGUGGCAUCAGCAUGGGAAGAAGGAUCAGAAGGUCAUCCCAAAGGGGUACCUUGCGAUUAUGGUGGGUCAAGGAGAUGAACAGGAGAGGUUCGUGAUUCCUGUCACGUACAUCAACCAUCCUCUGUUCAUACAAUUGCUAAAGGAAGCAGAGGACGAAUAUGGAUUUGAGCAGAAGGGCACCAUCACCAUCCCUUGUGAAGUGCAAGAAUUUCGGUACGUGCAGGGUAUCAUCGAUAGAGAGAAUAAGUCACUUCACCACCACCACCACCACCACCACAACAACCAUCUUCAUUAUCUUCCUCUUCAUGUUGUUGGGUGUUUCAGGGCUUGAAGCUGCCAAGUCAAUCAUCCUUUAAUCUUAAAUGGG